AUGAAUCACGGCCAUCGUGUGAGCUGGGCUGCCGGUGCCGGUACCGCGCCGCCCCAGUUCAACAACCUCGCCAUGAAUAACAACGUCGUCAACAACAAUAACACUAACAACGGUGCGGUGGUGGAUGGUCCCGCCCACCCCGCCGCCGCCGCCGCCGCCGCGGCAGUGGAGAACAACUUUCAUCUUGGACCACGCUUCAGCAACUUCAAGGUGGUCGGUAGAGGCUCUUUCGGAGAAGUCUGCUCGGCUUUGGACUCUCAGCAGGGGAAACGAGUCGCUAUCAAGAAGGUCUUCCCCAUGUCCCGCGACGUCGUCAGCGCCAAGCACGCUCUGCGCGAGAUAAGGCUCAUGAGGUAUCUCGAGCCUCACCCGAACAUCGUCUCCCUGGAGGACCUGUUGGUCAACCAGCAAUACGACGAGCUCUACAUCGUCAUGGAGCUUUUGGACUGCGACCUCCACUACGUGAUCAACAAGUCCAACCAGCCCCUCGAUGACGUACACCACCGCUACUUUAUGUUCCAGAUUCUCAAGGGGGUCAAGUUCCUCCAUGACAACCGCGUCAUCCACCGUGAUCUCAAACCGAGCAAUAUCCUAGCCACGAAGAGAUGCCAGCUGCGGAUCACCGACUUCGGGUUGGCGAGGCUGAGGCCCACGGGUGCAGGUCCCGACCCCGACAAUGAGGACCCUGGCCCUCUAUUCUUAACCCAGGUGGACAACCCCAUGACCGAGACUGCUGUGACGAGGUGGUACCGCCCGCCCGAGCUGAUGCUCUGUCCCGACGGCCUGUACGGCUACGCUGUGGACCUGUGGAGCGUCGGCUGCAUAUUUGCCGAGAUGCUAGGGCGCCAGCCGUUUUUCCCCGGCCAGGAUUUCAAGAAACAGCUUUCACUCAUUUUCGAUGCCGUGGGGUCACCCCAGCCGCACGAGGUGGCUCACAUCCGAAAUCCCGAGGCAAUCCGCUUCUUGGAGUCGAUGCAGGGCCGAGUUAAGGUACCCUUCGCCGACCUUCUACCGAACGCGUCGGUAGCCUCAGUUGACCUAUUGGAAGGGCUACUUGUCUUCGACCCCCCGUGCCGCUUUUCGGCGGACGAAGCCCUCAGCCACCGAUACUUCCAACCUCUCAGUGGGAGGAUCCACGUACCCCCCGACCCGGAGGUGGCCCCAGGCUUCGACUUUGACUUCGAGAGUGAGCCCAUGCACCAAGAACAGCUGCGGGACAUGAUCUUGCAGGAGGUGGCGUUAUUUCAUGGGCACGCGGUGCAAGAGGAGGAAAAGGAGGAAGAAGAGGAUGAAGACGAAGACGACGACGACGACGAAGAUGAUGAUGACGAUGGCGAGGAUGGCAACGGUGGGGCCUCUAUGGCUCACUACGAUCACGCUUCUUCCACUGCUCGUGCUCCACCUCCCACUCACCACCACCGCAUGAUGAGCAACAGCGGUAUCGAUCACAACAGCUACAGCAACUAUGUGCACAACGUGGGUCCAGGGCACAACCACGCCGACCACAGCGCAAAUAUUGCACACAGCACUUACUUCAACAGAAUCGGCGCGAGCGCACGGCCGCAAGCCCCGGUAGCAGGUUUCCGCUAAAACGAGAGGAGGAGAGAAGCUGAUAACGCUCUUACGCGGCGCUUUUCUUCUGCCCUGGUUGUUACAGAGUGUAGAGUGCCGGCGAGGGGAAAGAGCCACUGGGGAAGUACAAGCAUCGGGUGUCGACGAGUCUCUUGGUGGGAACCUCUUCCACUUUCCUUGGCUCCCGUACUGCUAGGUGUUUUGUUGUUGCUGCUUUAAUGUGGCAAAGACAACAAUUUCAUGCCUAGACCUCUGUUCAUGUUUAUAUUUGUCCCCUGUCAGGCAUGCCAGAAGGGGGAAAGAUUUGUCCUAGCUACAGUAUUAAAUGCGUACGUAACCGAACAUGAAACCUAUCGCGGGAGACAGAGAGUGGCCUGGCUAGACGGGUUCCGGUAACGUUUCUCUCGGACCCGCCUGUUUUGUGUUUUUGUCUGUUCUUCGCGAGGCCCUUCGAACGGCACCACGAACGAACACGAAGUAUCGAAAAAGCAAAGCGUUUCUUAGUUCAAGAGGUUCGAGUGUGGCUCUUGUCGGGCAACGUAUAAUACUUGGAUAUAUAUCUUUCAGCAGUUGGUUCAGCUGAUGAACCACGCGCGUGUGUUGUCAGGCGCUACGAUGAGCAGCUGGAACCGCUCAUUUGAUUUUGCACAUGCACGCUUGGAUAACUGUCACAGUAAACGUGGUACGCUUGUAUUACGGUAUGUGUUAGUACGUAUUUUUUUUCACAAGUUUGUCUUUUUGACGAACUAAAAGGGCGAACAUGUGCUGGUUACGCGUGUUAUCUUUGGCCUGGGAUGAGAGGGGGGGGUCAACGCGGUGUCACAGUAGGUGGACGCGCUAUGUGCACCCUGGGGCCGGCGAAGCACGAAACAACAGCUCUAUCUGACCACUGCUGUAGCUAUUCUGAAACUGGACCUUGGUUCGCGAACACGUGGUAUAGCCACGAUGUCGAAAGGACCUGAAGUGCUUCAGCGAAGCCACCAGUUGCGUUGGUGGCCGCGAGGUUCAUGGUGUCGUUUCACAAAGGGCAAGGGCAGACUAGCAGGCGGCACGCGAUAUGAAACUUACACAAGUCAAUAAAGAAACUUUGGCGGAACAGAAUAGAGGAGCCGCAGUGCGGCGCAGUGUGGAAGGGGCGGAAGUAUAGAAGACAACAAAGUUGGGGUUGUCAAAGGGUGACUGGUCGUGCCAUCUUCGUUCUUCAGGUGAUUUUGAUAGUUUUCGCGACAGCCUCUUGCUUCCUUCGGGGUUGGUGGGCUUGGACUGCUUAUAUUACCUCGAGCUGUUUUUUAUUCCUGCCCACUCGUUUCCUUUGAGUGGCUAGACUAUUGGCUGCAAUCAAGCCACAGCAGUGACAUCUUGGGGGAGGUUCGGGUUGCCCCGACCACCGGCCGAUCCCCGUUAGGCAAGCUGUAUGUAAGGGGAGGUGCUUGCAUUCUUGGUGACAAUUCCAACAACGAAGAACGAUUGGCGCGCGGUCAAGGCGCGUGGAGAUAUGGUGUCUACAAGAGAACGUACUUCAUACUUGAAUAUGUGCAAGGUCGGUUUGAUUUCAAUUUUGAGAAUUUUGCAGAGCCGUUUUGACAUGUCCGGAGUGCAGCGGCGAGGGGGCAGGGGGGGGGGGGUUGGCCUUGGUGGGCAAAAGAAAUUAUGCUACAUUGUUCUCCUCAACAUCACAUGACGGUGCAAGGAGACCGUCUUCUUCCUUUGGUUACUGCUGUGUUGGCCAUGCUCUUUCGCGAAAUACCGCCCUUUCUGCCUUUCGGCCGGCAAGGCGAUUGGCUUGAGCUCCUUUCUCCACAAACAGAUUACUCAAGGUUAUAGGCGACAAGAGUGGGGUUAGGGUUGUGAACUAGUGACCCACGGGGCUUCGAGCAUGGAUGCUAUCCCCAUGCCUCAGCGGAGAGGCCUGAUUGGUUCCAUACUGUACGCAAGUUGAAGAUGAUGUAAAUGUACAAGUAAAUUAUACUUCGAAGUACUCUAGUUCGCUGGGUGUGCUUUGCCUGCCCUCCCUCUGUUCGUGUCUCCCCAAGAGGAGGGUAUAGUUUCUCAGGACUUUGUUGCUGUUGUGUGCGUAGUGUUCUUCAGUGGCUUGAGUCCACGGAUACUCGUUUCUCAUGCUUGGAACGGUACGGCGGAGACCAGAACGGUAUUUCCUAUGUAGUGAGGCGACAACGCCACCGGUAGUAGGGGAUUGAUUGGAUCGGUAGACUAGAAGAGCGGAGGAUUUCUGGUAGUUUAACCAACAUCUCUCAUCUAGUCUAAUCAGCGUAUGGAUUGCAAUCAUAUUUUUGACUCGAUUGAAGUGUACGGAAAUUCGUGGAUUGCGAUGAUAAUUUUCAUUUGAUUAAUGAAUGAAUGGAUUA